AUGUAUUCAUGGUAUUUCGAGCAAAUAUCGUCCUUGUACUGGAGGCCGAUGGAGCCUAAUGGUCAUAGGAGAGUGAGGAGAAAGGAUAAUUGUGUUCAAGAAAAUGGGGACACAAGUCAGUCAAAUGCCGGUGAUGAACUAGAUCCAUGGACUGCAUGGGCAUACAGGCCUCGGACCAUUUCAAUGUUACUUAUUGGCGCAUGUUUUCUUAUUUGGGUAAGUGGAGCCCUAGAUCCAGAAAGCAGUGCAUCUGGAGAUCUUGUUACAUCUGUAAAAAGGGGUGUAUGGGCAAUGAUUGCAGUUUUUCUUGCUUAUUGCUUGCUGCAAGCCCCAUCUACGGUUCUUAUCAGACCACAUCCUGCAAUUUGGCGCUUGGUUCAUGGAAUGGCUGUUGUUUACCUUGUUGCUCUCACAUUUUUGCUUUUCCAGAAGCGUGAUGAUGCUCGGCAGUUUAUGAAGUUUCUCCAUCCUGAUCUUGGUGUUGAACUUCCAGAAAGAUCUUAUGGUGCUGAUUGUCGCAUAUAUUUGCCUGAAAAUCCUAAAAAGCAGGAAACACUUUUUGAUGAAUUUGUUGUAGCUCAUAUAGUUGGGUGGUGGGGAAAGGCUAUACUGAUCCGUAAUCAGCCCCUUCUGUGGGUGCUUUCCAUUGGAUUUGAGUUGAUGGAGCUUACCUUCCGCCACAUGUUACCAAAUUUCAAUGAAUGCUGGUGGGACAGUCAAACGAACACUGGACAAUUUACACCAGCUCAAUGGGACAAAGAUGAGUGGCAUCCCUUGCUUGGUCCAUGGCGUUUCAUUCAAGUCCUCACUCUUUGCAUAGUAUUCAUGACUGUAGAGCUCAAUACAUUCUUUCUUAAGUUCUGUCUAUGGAUUCCGCCGCGGAACCCCUUGAUUGUGUAUAGGUUGAUCUUGUGGUGGCUAAUUGCAAUUCCAACAAUUCGCGAGUACAAUUCAUACCUUCAAGAUCGAACACCAGUGAAGAAGGUUGGGGCAUUUUGUUGGCUUUCCGUGGCUAUUUGCAUUAUUGAACUUCUGAUUUGCAUAAAGUUUGGACAUGGAUUGUAUCCUAAACCAAUGCCACUAUGGAUGGUAACGUUUUGGAUGUCUGCUGGAGUGGCCCUUAUUAGCGGAUCACAGUUCCUUGAGUAG